CAUAUACAUACACACACAUACACACACACACAUAUAUUUUCUUCAUACAUUCAUCCACUGACAGACACUUAGGUUGUGUCCAAAUCUUAGCCAUUGUGAAUAAUGCAGCAAUAAACAUGGGAGUGCAGAUAUCUCUUUGAGACCCUGAUUUCAUUUCCUUUGGAUAUAUACCCAGAAGUGGAUAAUAUGGUAGUUCUACUUUUAAUUUUUUGAGGAGCCUCCACACUGUUUUCCAUAGUUGCUGCACCAAUUUACAUUCCCACCAACAGUGCACAAGGGCUCCCUUUUCUCCACACCAUGGCCAACACUUGUUAUCUCUUAUCUUUUUGAUAACAGCCAUCUUUCCAGUGUGAGGUGGUAUCUCACGGUUUUGAUUUGCAUUUCCCUGAUGAUUAAUGAUGUUCAGUACCUUUUCAUGCACCUUUUGGCCGUUUGUAUGUCUUUGAAAAUAUGGUUAUUCAGAUCACCUGCCCAUUUUUAGUUGGCUUGUUUAUUUCUUUGCAGUUGACUUGUAUCAGUUCCUUAUAUAUUUUGUAGAUUAAAUUCUUAUCAGAUACAUGGUUUGCAAAUAUUUUCUCCCAUCGAUUGGUUGUUGUUUCAUUUUGUUCAUUGUUUCCUGUGCAGCAGAGUUUUAAUUUGAUGUAGUCUCACUCGUUUAUUUUUGCUUUUGUUGCCCUGUGCUUUUUUUUGUGUCUGUGUGGUAUCAUAUUCAAAUAUAAUUGCCAAGCCCAGUGUUAAAGAGCUUUUUCCCUAUGUUUUCUUCUAGGCGUGUUACCAUCUCAGGACUUAUAUUGAAAUCUUUAAUCUAUUUUGAGUUGAUUAUAUAUAUGGUGUAAGUUAUGGUUGUUUCGCUCUGAAGAAUGUUUGUGGAGCUCCUCAUGCUGUCCAUUCUGGAAAUGCCUCUUGCAUCAUUGCUUCCCAACCUGCAAAGCAAAUCCUUUCCUUCAAGUGGAAUCCUACAAGGAAGCAGGAGAGAAAGACAGAGUGUGAAUGGGGGAGAGGCAGAGAGAGAGUGAGACACAGAAUUAGAAGCAGGCUCCAGGCUCUGAGCUGUCAGCACAGAGCCCGACGCGGGGCUGGAACUCACAAACCGUAAGAUCAUGACCUGAGCUGAAGUCGGACACUCAACCAACUGAGCCACCCAGAGAGGUCAGGAAGCAGAAAUGCAUUUUACCUGCCCUGGAAUUCAUUUAAGAAGAAUACCGUGUACAAGAGACCAGUUUGAGUGAGGAGGCUAAUGUCUUCCACCAUGCCCCAGAGCAUUUGCCCAGCAAGCAGGGUCUCCUGCUGGUGGUGGCUGAUGUAGGAGCAGAAUGCGAGUUUGGGGAACGGCCUGCAAGGAAGGUAUGAAAGCUUUUUGGAAUUCCAAAUUAACUCAUUCCCAGAUUCCAGUAGAACACUGAGGACUAUAUGUAUAUGUUCUCCUUUCUUUCCCAGGAUUUCAUCAGGCAAGAUUGCCAUGGAGCUUUCCCUUUGGUUUACCCCAGUUUUGGUAAGUUCUGAUUUUGUAUGAAGAAGCAUACUUAGUCAACGUGAUGCACAUUUUGGACUUUUCUCUAGGACAAAUUAGGGUCAUUUCAAAUGCAAAUGUUUCUCUUUCUCUCUUUCUCUCUCUCUCUCUCUCUCUCUCUCUCUCUCUCUCUCUCACACACACACACACACACACACACACACACACACACACACACUUCUAAGUUCCUAGACCAGUAUUUUUGUUUGCUGGAAGAAUGAGGAGAGGGAGACCAAGUUCUGCUUACUGUGAGUUGCGUCUGGGUAAGUUCAUGGCCUUAGUGUGAUUGAGUUAUUUUGCCAUUAAAUUUAUUGUAAAUUGAAGCAGAAUCCGUUCCUCUUCAAGCUGAUUUACUAUACUUAAAAUAAUGGGGUUUGGCUAAAUCAGAACUAGUUCAGAAAUCUGAGAUGAACACUAGUUGACCAGAACGACAAAGCCUCACAUAGAGAAGUUUAUGGAUUUAAAGGGUAAUGGAGUAUUUUAUUUAGGUAGACAGUAGAAGAGACAAUGAAUCAGAAAAUAAUUGCCAGAGUCAAGGCAUGUAAUUUCUCUUUCUGUCCUCAGGCUAGUAUCUCUAAAAGUAUGUACUAAAAGGGUCAGAAGAUAGAGAUUCUCCCUUAGACUGACCACUUAGCACAGGAGGAAGGGAAAACUCUCCUUUCUUACUGGUCUCAAGCUCUGUAGGAAAAUAACCUGGCUUCUAUCUCCCACAGUAUAAUUAAAGUCCAUCUGAUACUCUAGUACUCUCACUUUAGAGGGCUGCAUCUGGGACCAUAGGAAGUUUUCCUGUAAGUAAUGUUAUGACAUCAAAUAUGGAUAAAAAAUCCUAAGGACAUCAUGGAGGAAUAAUUUUUUGUGGGAUGACCUACUCAUGACUGUAAGUUUUUUUUCCCCUAAGGCUACAGUUUUCCUUUUGCAAUAUUCACCCUUUGAUGAUAUUGAUGAUAUCAGUGGUAUCUUACCAAUAAUAUGUUGCAUGAUCAGAUAUAAAAGUAAAAGAAGGGUUUUUUUUUUCCUGCUUGGCAAUAGAGUACAGAAAAAAUGGCUAACACUCUUAAAAUUACAUUAUCGUUUAUGAAAACUUGUAACCAUGUGCACAGUUCUUUUUUUUAUCAUUUAACAUAAAUAUAUUCAAGAUAAAAUAAUUUAUUUUUACUUAAUAAAGUAUAAAAACUAGACAUAAAAUAUAAUAUUUAAAAUAAUUAAAAAAUCCAGUCACCACACUUAUACUAUUUUAUUUUUUAUUAGUUUUUUCCCAUUUCUUAAAUUUGAAAAAAAUUAUAGUUGACACACAAUGUUACAUUAAUUUCAGGUAUACAAUAUAGUGAUUCAACAACUCUAUAUGUUAUGCUAUGUUUACCACAAGUGUAACUACCAUCUGUCAUCAUACAACACUAUCGCAAUAUCAUUGACUGUAUUCCCUAUGUUAUACCUUUCAUCCCUAUGACUUAUUCAUUCCAUAACUGGAAACCUGUAUCUCCCACUCCCCUUCAUCCAUUUGAUGACACUGUUUUAUAUGUUUCACAAAGUUCUUAAUUCUUCAGUCAUGAUAUUCUACAAAAUAGCUCAGAGAGUUGAAGAAAUGGAAAAGUCAGUGAUAGGGGAUACACGAAACUGGACAGAAGUUCAGGAAUUCACUCUGGAGGGCUUUCCUGCUGUCCAGAACCUUGGAAAGGUUCUCUUCCUGGUACAUCUGCUGGCAUACCUGGCCUCCAUCAUGGGAAAUACACUCAUAAUCACCAUUACCUGGACUGACCAUCGCCUCCAGACACCCAUGUACUUCUUCCUCCGCAGUUUCUCCUUUUUUGAAUGCUGUUUUGUAACCACUGUUAUUCCUAAAUUGUUGGCCAUCUUUCUGUCAGGGAGGCAAUCAAUUUCUUUUGUGGCUUGCUUCACACAAGCCUUUGUCUUUCUUUUCCUGGGAACAACUGUUUUCUUCCUUAUGGCGGUAUUAUCCCUAGAUAGGUACCUGGCCAUUUGCAAACCUCUGUAUUACUCAACCAUCAUGAACCCAAGGAUGUGUUUCCUUCUGGUCACUGCCUGCUUAUCUUUGGGAUUUGUCCUCAUGGUGGUUCCAAUUAUAAUGCUUUCCCAGUCAUCCUUCUGUGGCUCCCAUGUCAUCCCUCACUUCUUUUGUGAUUUUGGGCCACUGAUUCAUCUCUCUUGUUCUGACACCAGAUCUACUGAAAUGUUGGCCUUUAUCCUUGCUUUGUUUAUCCUUUUGACAUCCCUUAUCAUAACCAUCAUUGCAUACAGCAACAUAGUAGUCACAGUUGUGCGACUUCCGUCAGCCAAGGAGCGACAGAAAGCUUUCUCCACCUGCUCCUCUCACCUCAUUGUCCUCUCUCUGAUGUAUGGCAGCUGUGUCUUUAUAUACGUGAAACCAAAGCAAACAAACAGGCUGGACUCUAACAGGGAGGCUGCCCUUGUGAACACAGUGGUGACUCCGCUGCUGAACCCUGUCAUCUACACUCUGCGGAAUAAGCAGGUCCAUCAGGCUCUGAGGGAUGCUCUGUCCAGGGUUAGAUUGCAGAAAUAGAACCAUAGACUGUCAGAGGGAGAAUGCCUCCUCUCCAUCUAAUGCAAUCUCCAUCCUAUUUCUGGAAUCUCUUACAUAGUCUUGCAACUGUGUUUUUAAAGUUUCUGCUUGUUUAUUCUUAGAAUAAGGGCCAAUUUAUCUUAUAAUCCAAUGUACUCCACUACUUGAAAGCUCUAACAUUCUUGUUCAUAUCGAAAUGAAAUUAUCUUGCUGUUCUGUGAUCUUCUGUUCACGAGUUUUAACUCGAUAGGAUUCAACAAAUUUUAAUGAGGAGUCUCAUAUCCAUGAUUAUGUUUGAUGCAUGUGAAAUCUCAAAGUUGAGAAGGUGUGGUUUCAUGUAUCUACUUGUGGUAAGUACAUAGGGAUGGAAAAUGAAAUUCACAAGAAUUAAGAAUAUCAAGUUGGUUCAAGGAUAGAUGUAACAUGGUCACUAUAUUGAUUUUUGAAGGACACAUGUACAUAACUGUCAUGGUAUUAAUAGCAUUACUUGAAAUGACUCAAUGCAAUUGUUUUCAAUUGUGCAUUGUCUGUAUAUAAAUAGAAUAUAAAUCUUUAUAAUUCUAGUUUACGCUAUAAUGAAGACAUAUAAAUGUCUCUAAUUGAAAUUGGAAGUUUCCUUUGGUUAUGCUCAUCUGCUAGUACUGAUUUCAGUACUAAAGGCCCGAUGAUGGAGUACCAGAGAGAGAGAAGCAUUAUGAUUUCUGGAACAAGGAAUUGAGUGGUUAAGAUUGUUUCCCUACUACAGAAAAGGAAUUGGGGGGAAUCUAACCAAAGGUGGAAAGGAGUCUGAUUGUGACUGUAGAGUCUUUCUAAGUAAAUCUAUAAGCAAGUAUCUUUAUUUGUGAAAUGAGAGCUUUGAUGUGAUAAUCUCUGGGUGUCCAUUAUUAGUACGAGUGUGAAAUGACACUACUGAUACCAAACAUGACACAAAGACACACUGUAAUAGAAAUACAAUUUGAGCGUAGAAAAGAGAAAAUGAUGAGAUGUUUUUGUUUGUUUUAAUUUUUUUUAGUGUUAAGUUCACGCAUGACAUCUUUAAUGUGUUUGUUGGCCAUGUGUAUGUCUUCUUUGGGAAAAUGUCAGUUCAGGUCCUCUGCCCAUUUUAAAAUCAGGUUAUUUUUGGGGCUUUUUUGGGUGUUAAGUUUUUAAAUAUAUUUUGGAUAUUAACCCCUCAUUGGAUAUGUCAUAUGCAAAUAUCUUCUCUCAUUCAGUAGGUUACCUUUUGGUUUUGUUGAUGGUUUCCUAUGCUGUGCAAGUGAUGAGAUAUUUUAAUGAAGAAUUACAACUAUAAUUUAGUUAUUCAAGAUUUUGGUAGGAAAAGAUAGAUUUGGACACAAGACACAGUAAGAAAAGUCCUGGAGCUGGUGUUUGCUUGGCAUAGUUGGCUAUCAUGCUUUGCUCUGACCACAUUAUUCUGUGGUUUCAGGCAUAAUAAUUGACUGUGUUAUGAAGAUUUCUGGCAUACAAUUACGAAUGAAUUUGAAGAAUAGACUACUCAAUUAACACAACACAUUUUUGUUCACCCUAUGCACAUAUAAAAAUUUCCAAGUAUUUUUUUGUGUCGGCUUAUCUCUUUUUAUGACAUUUGGUAUAUUCCCUUUGCUCAAAGCAUCACAUUGUCAAUGAUUUUUCCCAGAAUGGCCAAUUAAUGGUACAGUUAUUGGCAUAAAGGUCUCCCCAUAGGAAUGCACAUGUCAGUGGAGGCUGGUGAUGGCAGUUGGGCUGCAGCAUGCAGCUUGGGGGCCUAGCUGAAGGUGAGCCCAGUGGUGCAAGCUAGUGACAGGAGUCAAGGCCAAAUCUGGGGCCACAUGCAGCUAAUUCAAAAUAUAUAAAGAACUCAUACAAAUCAAUGAUUAAAAAAACACAACUCAAAAUAAUUGGCAAAGGACCUGAAUACACAUUUUUUCCAAAGAAGACAUAUAGAUAACCAAUAGGUAUAUGAAAAGAUGUUCAACAUCAUUAAUCAUCAGAGAAAUACAAAUCAAAAUCACAAUGAGAUAUUAUCUCACACCUAAGCUAGGUUAGAAUGGCUAUCAUAAAAAAGUGAAAGGAAAAGAAGUAUUGGUGAGGAUGUGGAGAUAGGGGAACCUUUGUACACUGUUGAUGAGAAUUUAAACUGGUGCAAUCACUGUGGAAAAUAAUAUGGAGGUUCCUCAAGAAUUAAAAAUAGGAAGCUACCUAAGUGUCCAUCCAUAGAUAAGUGGAUAAAGAAGCUUUGGUGCAUACACACACAUACACACACACACACACACACACACACACAAUGGAAUAAUACACAGGCACAAAAAAUGAAAUAUUGCCAUUUGCAACAACAUGGAUGAUUUAGGGGAUAUUGUGCUAAGCGAAAUGAGUCAUUCAGAGAAAGACAGAUACCAUAUAAUUAACUUAUAUGUGGAAUUUAAGAAAUAAGUGAACAAAAAAGAGAGACAAACAAAAAACCAGACCCUUAAAUAGAGAACAAACUGGUGAUUGCUGGACAGGAGGUGGCAGGAAGGGGGUGGUGGGGGGGAAUGGGUGAAAUAAAUGAAGGGAAUUAAGAGUACACUUUCAUGAUGAGCACUGAGUUAUGUAUAGAAUUGUUGAAUCACUAUAUUGUACACCUGAAAUGAAUAUAACACUGCAUGAUAAUUAUACUUGAAUAAAAAAUGGUUGAAAAUUUAAAAAUAUAUAAGAAAACUACUGUAUAAUCCAAUGAUACUACUUCUGGAUAUAUCUCCAAAGGAGUCGAAAUGAAGAUAUUGAGGAGAUAUCUGCACUCCCAUGUUCACUGCAGCGUUAUUUAUUAUAGCCAAGUGUCCAUUGAUGUGCCCAUUGAUGGAUGAAUGAAUAAAGAAAAUGUGCACAGCUUUCUGUAUGUUAAUCAUAAUGGAAUAAAGUGGCUUUAAAAAAGAAAAUUGCACUUCUUUGAUUCAAAAUUUUACUGAAUAGUUUUAAUAGAUGAGAUGAGCAGAAUAUUAGACAUGCCAGAUGAAAAAUUAGCAUAUUUGAAGAUACAGAAACUUAAAAACACACACACAAAGAAAAAAUAAUCCAACUAAAAUGAUAAGAGCAUCAGUGAAAUAUGGGACAAAUUCAGGCAAUCCAACGAGCAUAUAAUUCGAUUUCUGAAACAGAAGUUUAUAUGUGGAGAGGGACAACAAAAAAAGAUUUAAGGACACGAUGGCCAAAAUUUCCCAAAUUUUCUGAAAACAGAACCAAAGGUCUCAGCAAAACCCAAUCACUAGAAACAUGAAAAAAUCCACACCAAAAUGCAUAAUACAUUGCUCAAAACCAGUGAUAAAGAGAAAAUCUUAAAAACAGCCAAAAGGAAAAAUUACAUGUUUCAUACUGAGGAACAAAGAUAAAGAUGACAUAAAAUUCUCUUUGGAGAGACGUAAAUGAGAAUGCAGUGAUACAGGCACUUUUGAAGGACUCUGAAUAAAAAUCUGCCAACCUAGAAUUUGAUACCUGUAAAACUGUCAAAAAUGAAGGCUUACAAAAGAUAAAAGGAUUAAUCACUAGCAAGCCUACAGAAUAAUAGCUAAUAAAGUCAGUCCUUCCAAGAGAAAGAAAAUUACACCAGAUGAAAAUAUGCAGAGCUAUGAAAAAGAAUGAAGAGCACUGGAAAUAGUAACUAUAUGGUAGGUAUUUAAGAUAUUUAUUUUAAUUAUUUAAAUGUCUGAAAGAUAAUAGACUCCACAAAAAUAGUAACAAUGCAGUGUGGAGUUCAUAACAUACGUGGAAGGAAAAUAUAUGACAAUAAUAUCAUAAAAGCUGAGGGGGUAGAAAUAUAAGUAUACUAUUAUAAGUUUCUUAUAUGUGAAGUGGUAAAACAAUCACUUGGAGGUAGGUAAUGAUAAGUUAAAGAUGUAUACUGUAAACACUAAAGCAACCACUGAAAUAAAAGUAAAAAGUUAUAGCUAAGAAGCCAACAGAAGAGAAAAUGGAAUUAUCACAAUGGGGCACUAGGAAACUUGGACUGAUGUAUAUCUUCAUUAUAUUCAUUAUGGUGGUGAUUUCAUCAGUAUUUAAACAUGUGAAAAUGCCAUGCCAAGUCCCUGGAAAAGGCUGGCUGGGCUGCUGAGCCUGCUGGGCCAGACAAUAAGAGGCCAGCAUGGAAACAUAUUAAGAUGAAGAAACUAGCAGAGACAUCAGCUAAAGUAGGUGACAUCAG